AUAAAUUUUCACGGGACGCCCCCAAUGCCUCACAUUCUCCCUUUUUUCGCCUACAUCAACAGAAUUUCCAGACCGUGAACUGCAUGCUAUAGACAAGCAGUUAUACGAAGAGAACGAUGGAUCCCCUGGCAGGUAAGGUGCCUAACUGGAAAAGAUUGUACUACAAAUGGAAGUCUCUGCGUAAUGUUCCAUUCAGAAGACGUUGGUUUGUGGGCUAUGACUUGGAGGGAAAUACGUACUGGGAGUUCAAGACCAAUGCCACUGGGAGACUUCGUAGAAUGGUUGAUUACAGAUUGAAACCACACGGUCUGCUCAUUGGGCAAUAUUCGCAGAAUGAGAUAAGUCCACGCUGGUCGAGCUGGAUGAGAUUCACAAGGCCGAACCCUCCGUCUCUAACGGAGCUCGUUGCUGAAGAGCAGAGGAAAGCGGUGAUGAAAGUGCUUGCACAGCAAGCAGAUCAACGGUGGAAAAAUGAAAGCGUGCUGGAGAGCAACAAUAAAGUGAUGGUACAGAUGAUGCAGUCUGCAAGGAAAAGAUUGGAGGAUGCCCAUAGCCCCUCAGAAGCUGAAGAUGAAGUCAAACCAAAAAGCGUGUCAUCGGAUGCUUCUCCGAUUCAAAACGCUACAAUCACUCCAAGAAGAUGAUCCAUUA